AUGCUCCUAUCGGUGGGCCUGGCAUCAGUCCCCGGCCAAAACAACUACGUGGCCAUCAAGGGAAUCACCAAGACAGGGGACAAUGCAGCGACCCUGCAGAGAGAGAGACGGAUCCUCAUGCUGGCCCGAGACUGCCCGUUCCUGUGUCACCUGUAUGCUGCACAGCAGUCUCAGGACCAUGCAUUCUUCAUCACCGAGUACCUGUCCGGCGGCAGCCUGGAGGCUUUACUCAGAAUGUGCAGCUGUCUGAACACCGACAACGUAAGAUUCUACACAGCAGAGAUUGCAUGCGGCCUCCAGUUCCUUCACGGACAUAACAUCGUCCACCGAGAUAUCAAGCCAGAUAACAUCAUGCUGGAUAGAGAUGGACACAUCCGCAUCAUAGACCUCGGAGUUGCCCAAGAUGGCGUCACCUCUUCCAACAAGAUCAAAGGAGUGACGGGCACGUUACCAUACAUGGCCCCAGAGGUGCUCCAGAGGAAGAUGUACUAUGCAGCAGUUGACUGGUGGAGCCUGGGGAUUGUUGUAUCCCGGAUGUCAGCAGGACGUUCCCCAUUUUACUUUGGCUGCAACAGAGAAAUGGCUCACGAUUCCAUCACCAGAGAGAAGCCUAAUAUUCCAUCUUGGCUCCCUGCUGACCUGAAACAUCUGAUCAAGAAACUGCUGCGUAAGAAUCCUGAGAAGCGGCUGGGUGUGAACAGGAACAUCAGAGACCAUCCAUUCUUCACCACCAUCAACUGGGAGGAACUGGAGCAGAAGAGAGCACAGCCGCCAUUUACACCAUUCAAGCCAGCUCUGAAGAAGGGAGACCUGCCGUGGCCAGAGGAAGAGACAGCCCUUCACCCCUUGGAAGGAUUCUCUUUCAUUGCUCCAAGCUGGGCCUGUUAACAUCAGCCCAUGGCCAUGGCCCAGAGCUCUGUGCCCCUGACCCGUGCCUCUGCUGCUGUAUUAGACCUCGGCUUGUCUAUAACAUCCUCUCUAUACCAUCUGAAUGCUGCAGAUUUCCAUCAAGUUGUUACCCUGGAUCUUAGCUCCACAUCCUCCACAGCCUCUGAAGACCCUCUGUACCCCAGGAGCGGCCUGUGCUUGUAACACCUCAGCACAGACCUGGUAAGUAUCACACAUCAUCACACAUACAUUAGGAUCACACACACAUUAGGAUCACACACACAUACAGGUAGAUAGAAAUAUACACACAGGUACAUACAUAGAUAGUAUAGACACAUACACACAGACACACACAACAGAUAGCGGUAGAUAUCGGCUUUGAUCCUGGGACUUGUUCCGAUCGCCAUAUUUGGGGUCAGGAAGGAAUUUUUCUCCUUUGAGGACAAUUGGCUCAUUCUUUAAGGGGGUUUUUGCCUUCCUUGGGAUCAUUCCAGCCAUAAAUAGGUAACAUAACAUAAUGUACAAAAAAUAAAUGAAUAAUAAUAAUAAAAAAAAGUA